ACGAUGUCACAGAGGCUGGGGGCAUCUAGAACCCUGGGGGCUCCUGGUCUCAGUGUUAUCUGCCAGGAAGGCCGCCUGGGUAGGUCAUCUCCUCCUGGGACCAGCCUUCAAGGACGGAAUGCGAGCCUGGCUGCCCCCAGGAGCCGUUUCCGUGUAGGGCCACCAGGGUCCCCACUGCUCUGCUCAACUGCCUCUGAGCCACCCUUUCAAGUUCACCUCCAUUCCCUCCCUGGCCACGGGUCCCUUGGGAGGCCCUGGAGAUGCCCGGAGGCCUCCCAUUGGCGGUCCCCAGCGGGACCUAGCUCCACGCCGCAGCUGGAGAAGGACGGGCCAGCCAUGGGGUGGCAGCAGCCAGGUGUGGCCCUGGGGGCAGUCAGGAUCUCGCUGAUCCUGCUGGGGCUGCUCGCUCCCUCGCAGGCGGUGGUACGGGCUGUGCUGGACGGCAACUUGAGCAUGGUGGACUUUGCGGAUCUGCCAGCUCUGUUCGGGGCGCCCCUGGCUCCCGGGGGCGUGCGAGGCUACCUGAUGGAGGCCAAGCCAGCCAACGCAUGCCAUCCCAUCCAGGGCCCACGGCCGGGCAACGGCUCCCUGGGUGCCAUCGUGCUGAUCCGCCGCUACGACUGCACGUUUGACCUCAAGGUGCUGCACGCGCAGCGGGCCGGCUUUGAGGCGGCUAUUGUGCACAAUGUGCGCUCCGACGACCUGGUGCGCAUGGCCCACGUGUAUGAGGACCUGCGGCAGCAGAUUGCCAUCCCCUCGGUGUUUGUGGGCGAGGCUGCUUCCCAGGACCUGCGGGUCAUCAUGCGCUGCGACAAGUCGGCCCACGUCAUCCUGCUGCCCGACUACCCGCCCCGCCCGGACCUGGACUGCCACCCAGUGCUGGCCGUCUCCUGGGUGCUGGGCCGUGCCCUGGCCCUGCUCACCAGCGCUGUCUUUGUCCUGCAGCGUCUGUGGCGUUGGCUCUGGAGCUGGCGGGCCAGUGGGCAGGCCGUCAAGGCACACGCUACCCAGAGGGCCCGGGUCCGCACCUUCACCCGGUGUAACGACCUCUGCGCCAUCUGCCUGGAUGAGUACGAGGAAGGCGACUGCCUCAAGGUCCUGCCCUGCUCCCAUACCUACCACCGCAAGUGCAUCGACCCCUGGCUCUCCCAGGCUGCUCGGCGCUCCUGCCCCACGUGCAAGCAGUCGGUGGCCGGCACAGAGGACAGCUCUGCCUCCACCGUCGACAGCUACGGGGACGAGGAAGACCCCUCGCUGCCUGGCCGCCAGACCCAGAUCUGGGCUGCCCAGGCCCGGCUGCGCUCCCGGAGGCUGGCUCUGCUGACCCGAGCCACCUCCCGGCGCUGCUGUAAUGCCACCUCUGUAGGGGAGGCCGAGGCCAGUGCGCCCUUGGAGGGGCCCCCAGAACGCCACUGA